GAGAACGAAGAAUCUAAUAAUAGUAGUAGUAUGGUUCAGCAUCUCUCUUCUCUUCUCCUCGCUUGUAGUAGUAGUAGUAUGGUUCAGGUUCAGCAUCUCUCUUCUCUUCUCCUCGCUUGUAGUAGUAGUAGUAUGGUUCAGGCUCAGCAUCUCUCUUCUCUUCUCCUCGCUUGUAGUAGUAGUAGUAUG